CGUGGAGAGAGAGUCGAAGAAAACAACCCCUUUUCAAAGGGUGGUUCAGUAGUGAGUGAGAGACUCUGCUUCAAGCACCAUGGAUACAAUCGAAGCUACUAAAAUGGUGAUGUCAAGGAUCCAGAACAUAGAUCCAGAAAACGCUUCCAAAAUCAUGGGUUAUAUACUCAUACAAGACCAAGGUGAGAAUGAGAUGAUAAGGUUAGCUUUUGGCCCUGAAAAUCUUCUUGCUUCUGUUAUAAAACAAGCCAAAGCUUUUUUAGACAUUUCGUCAAACACUUCGUCUGCACCGUCGUCUCCGUCGCCUUUUGGUCACCAAAGAUCCCCUAGAAUCAUCAUCCCAAAUAAUGGGUUUCAUCACAUGAACCCCCCGCCUCCUCUUUCCCCUCAUUCGCCUUGGUCGUCAUCUGGCUCUUUCCCGGAUCGUCGAAGCAGUCCGCGUGCAGCUUCAUACGCCUCCGUGGUUAACGGCGGCGGCUCCUCUGGUUCAUUUUACAACAAUUUUGGUGAUGUCACAGAGGAUUAUAGUAGUAAUAGCGGGCUACAAGUUGUUACGGAUCAGCUUUCGUUUCUUGACAACUCUAAAAAUGUCGACUUCAUGGACCCGAUUAUGAGUCCUGGUGGGCGGAGUGACUCGAUUCUGUUCCCGUACCCGAAUAGCAGUACCGAUUGGGCUGCAGAUGCAGGUAAUUGUGGAGAUGCACACCACCAUUUGCACAGGAGAAGUUGCUCGGUAAAUGAUAUGUUUCUUGGCGGUGGUGGUGGAAGUGAUGAUGUAGGUAGUGGAUUAGGAGGUUGGAGGCCUUGCAUGUAUUUUGCUCGAGGGUUUUGCAAAAAUGGCACUUCUUGCAAGUUUGCUCAUGGAAAUGGGGGUUUUGGAGAUGAAAUGUGUUUGGGUUCAUCAUCACCUACUGCAGUUGUUGGGUCUCCUACAGGAAAUAUUGAUAAGAUUGAAGAGUUCCUGAGGAUUAAAGCAAUUCAGCAGCAGCAGAGAAUUGCAGCCAUGGCUGCAGGAGGAGCUCAUCCUUUCCCUUUCAGCAGAUGCAUGAACUUUCUCAAUGAGAGUCCUAGAUCACCAUCAGCAGCAUUGAUGAUGGGGGAAGACUUUCACAAGUUUGGUCGAUUUCGACCGGAUAGGCAUGAUCUUGCUGCAAUGGGGUUGGGAAAUUCAAGUUCAAGUUCACGACAAAUUUACUUGACAUUUCCAGCUGAUAGUACUUUUAAGGAAGAAGACGUUUCUAAUUACUUUAGUAUCUUUGGACCAGUUCAAGAUGUGAGGAUUCCAUACCAACAGAAGCGGAUGUUUGGGUUUGUUACAUUUGUUCUCCCAGACACUGUGAAGGCUAUUUUGGCCAAAGGGAACCCUCACUUUGUAUGUGAUUCACGUGUUCUUGUUAAGCCCUACAAGGAGAAGGGAAAAAUCCCAGACAAGAAGCAUCAGCAGCAAAUUGAGAGAGGGGAUUUUUCUGGUUGUUUGAGUCCGUCUGUGCUUGAAUCUGCUGAGCCAUUUGAUCAUAUACCCUUUGGUGCAAGGAUGUUUAAUCAUGAGAUGAUGUUGAGAAGAAAACUAGAGGGGCGGGCUGAAUUGCAACAGGCAAUUGAUCUCCAGGACAGGAAGUUGAUGAAUAUGCAGUUAACCGAUCUCAAUAACCAUCAGCUUCAUCAUAACUUAGCCCCUGUUUCUUCACCAACUCUUUGUCAUGCUCAAACCAACCAAAGUCUCCUGCUUUCAUCAGAUGGCAACAAUGAAAAUGUUGUUUCUGGAGAUGUUAAUGGCAGUGGCACCCAAGGUAGUACUAUGGAUCCUAUAACCAAUGCCUCUGAUCUCAAAAUGCCACUAGAAGUAAAUGAUGAUGAUGGGAACAAUAGUGGCAAUAGCAGUGAGAAGGAGGAGAACUCCAAUCUUAGUGAAAUUUAUAACCAUGAAAGCUUUGAGCACAUCCUUCCAGAUAACUUGUUUGCUUCACCUACAAAGACGACCGCCACAGACCACCAGUCCAUCUUCUCUAUGCCAGAAGCCGAUGGUGGUGUUUCCGCACCAUCCUCUUCCUCUGACACUACACCGGUGCUACCUGCCAAUUCAGCCGCUCUUAACAUGGCUUCUCUCAAAUCAUGUUACUUUCAAAUGCCAAGGUCUUUUUGUGGGCAAGAAGCCAUUGAAAUGUAGGUGAUGUUAGAUUGUGCAAUGGUCAGAAUGGAGGGAUUUUAACAUAGCUUUGAAAGUUGAAGAGUAGGAGCAGAGAGAGAAAGAUCCUCUCAAGCUGUAUAGGUGAAAACACCACCAACAACAACAAAAAAAGAAAAGAUCUGUAAGGAAGAUCUCAAGAUUACUGUCAUCUUCGUUAUCCCCCAUACUACUUACACCCAUACAUAAUAUGCAAUACAUAAAAAAAAGAAGAUUUUAUGGGAGUAGGGUAUAUUUCUUUGUGAACUUUGGUACCCUCCCUUUAGUUAUGUGCUGGAUCCCCCCCACCACCCACCACCUUCACAAAGACUCAAGCACCAUAGCAUAACAUUUGCAAAGUAAAAGCUAGUGGUUAGUAGCAGUAAUUACUUCUCUUUUUUGAGUUAUAUACUAGUAGUUGAAGCUAAUGUCAAUUUUACCCUCUAGUUCCUUUUGAGGUGAUAAAUAGCAUGUGAAUGGUUGAUGUACUUGCGUGUACAUAUGGAGUAGAGUAGAGUAGAUUGAGGGUAAGCAAGCAUGUCUAUUAAAAAGAUAUAUUGACCCCAAAAGGGUAAA